AUGAGUCUGGACUUUAAUCACAUAUCAAAGGACCUUGAUAAGGAGGUAAAGAAGGAGCUGGUCUACCUGUACAACUACUACGACCUAAGGUUCAGAGGGUACAGAAAGUGGCACAAGAAGUUCAAGAAGAGAAAGUUGUACCUACACAUGACUAGCAUCGGCUUCACUACAGCGGAUGGGAUAGUGGGAGGGGUGAUGGUUAACCCAAUCGUGAUCGGGACGCUGGCUGGUGUCGGCGUUGUCAUUCAGGGGUACAUUGCAAAGACAGAGCUGAACAAGAAGGUUGAGAGAACCAGAAUAGCAUGGAGCAACUACCGGGGUGUCUACACACAAAUCAGGUCGUAA